GCCUCUCCACGCAGAGACACCGCCGGGCACCUCCACACCCUUGACAAACAUUGCAACCGCACCCACCCAGCACCCAGACAACAAGGAGAAGGAAGAAGGGAAACGUUACUGGGUUACUAUGCACUUGCGACUGAUUUCUUGGUUUUUUAUCAUCUUGAACUUUCUGGAAUACAUUGGCAGCCAAAACGCUCCACGAGGAAGGCGCCAGCGAAGAAUGCAUCCUAGCGCCAGCCAGGGCUGCCAAGGAGGCUGUGCAACCUGUUCAGAUUACAAUGGAUGUUUGUCAUGUAAGCCCAGACUAUUUUUUGUUCUGGAAAGAAUUGGCAUGAAGCAGAUAGGAGUGUGUCUCUCUUCAUGUCCAAGUGGAUAUUAUGGAACUCGAUAUCCAGAUAUAAAUAAGUGUACAAAAUGCAAAGCUGACUGUGAUACCUGUUUCAACAAAAAUUUCUGCACAAAGUGUAAAAGUGGAUUUUACUUACAUCUUGGAAAGUGCCUUGACAAUUGCCCCGAAGGGUUGGAAGCUAACAACCACACCAUGGAGUGCGUCAGUAUUGUGCACUGUGAGGCCAGUGAAUGGAGUCCUUGGAGUCAAUGCACAAAAAAAGGAAAAACGUGUGGCUUCAAAAGAGGGACUGAAACACGGGUUCGAGAAAUAAUCCAGCAUCCUUCAGCAAAGGGUAACCUGUGUCCUCCUACAAGUGAGACAAGAAAGUGUACAGUGCAAAGAAAGAAGUGUCAGAAGGGAGAACGAGGGAAGAAAGGAAGAGAGAGAAAAAGAAAAAAAUUGAAUAAAGAAGAUAGUAAGGAAGCAAUCCCUGACAACAAAGGCCUGGAAUCUAGCAGAGAAACCCCAGAACAACAAGAAAACAAAGACAAACAGCAGCAGAAGAAACGAAAAGUCCAAGACAAACAACAGAAAUCGGUAUCCGUCAGCACUGUGCACUAGAGGGUCCCAUCAAAUUAUUGUAGACUCAUAAUGCUGCUAUUCAUCCAGAUACCCAGGACAGGUGUUCUAGCCAUUAGCACCACAAAUGGACAAAACAUAUCAGUUACUGCUCUGUCUAAACAACUUUCCAAAUAGUUGCUAUAUUCUUCAUACAAGCAUAGUAACAACAAAGAGUCAAAAGUUCAAAAGAAAGGAUACUUUCAAAUGGCUUUCAUAUGUGCUUCUAGACAUUCUUUAAAGACAAGAAAUUCUGUACAUAAUUAUCAAUAAGCUAUAAGCGAUCACCCACAUAAUGAUGACAUCUAGAGAAGAAAACAUCUCUUCCCUAUAAAAAAUAUUUUUCCAAGCUAUCAUUUUUAAGAAGCAAAAGCUAAAAUUUUGCGAAUUCAAAGCUGCAGUAUCCCUUCAAAACAAGUAAGAGAUCAGGAGAGAGAAACAUUGUUCCAAGGACAGUGUGGCAUUGUCCGGAUCUGGAGAGAGCUCAGAAAUAGGGCCUGGCAUUUGGAAUCCAAAGAGUUAUCAUCACAGAAGCAACUAUUUUAAGGUUACUUUUUUUUUGGUCCUCAUCCAGUAUUUUUCUGCAAGGAACCCAAAUGUGUGUACAAGAAUUCAAUAUACUCUAUGGGAUUGGUGGAAGGCAAAUUGUGGAAGAAAUGACAGAGAUAGAGUUGACUGUAGUGCUUUCCAAAAUGGUGAAAGGUUGUAAUCACCUGGAACGGGUCUCCUCCAAACUAUGGCAGCACUAUGUGGCUCAGCCUGUACUACCAUCGGAAUCUCUAAGUCUGUUAAAACACAUGCCUGUAACUUUCUUCCAAAAACAAAAUUGUACUUCCUACAGGAAACUCUGAUUUUAAUAAACAAAACAAAACAAAAGAAUAGAAUGAGGAGAAUAUACCAUGUUUGCAAAGUCAUGUGUUUCCUUUCUCUCUGAAUGAGAGGACAAAACUUCUAUUACCUGCUUAAUGGUCCACCCAGAACUAAAAGGGACACUAUUUUCUAGCAAG